AACUUGAUCUAAUUUUCGGCCAUAGGCGUGGUUAAUAUAUCACUUAUUAACCCAAAUCCGUCGCGCCGAAUGCCAGCACUACAAAUAAAAUUACCAUUUUCUGCAACUUAGACAUAUGUCUUCGGCUAUCCAUUUUCGAGUUUCCUCUAUGUAUAAAAGAACCGAUUGGCGUUUAAACUGUAUCAUUCGAGUUAUUUCGCUCGGUUCAAGCGUUCUUUUGAUAACAUGAAGCUGAUUUUGUCCCUUGUGGUGGUAGCUGUACUCGGCCUCAGUGUAGCUGAGGACGAUGGACAGUACAAGCCAGGGCUAUACGGGGAUGACGGCAAGUACCGCCCGGACGCCGAGGGCCGGUACUACGGAUCGCCUGACACAAAGUACCGUGUGUACACAGCUUUGGAUAAUAGGUACAGGAGCCUGAUCGGACGGAAUGGCAAAUACGAUUCGAUCUACGCCGCGUACCAGCCAGUUUAUGUGAAGGCGUACAACCCGUACUACCAAUCGCUACUCACACCCUACGUCAACUAUGGAGAUCAAAAUGGACUCGAAGUACAACCUUUCGCUUCGUCCCUAGCAACGGUGACCGCGCGCCCAUCAGUCGUCUCCGUUAUACCAUCAGCUCGUCCCUUCGUCUACUCAGUCAAACCUAGGCCUAUAGCUUCCUACACACCCGUGGUCUACUCAAGGUCAGGCUAUGAGCGCAGCGCAAAAAUUCUCAGACAAGAAAAUGAUGUCGGUGUCGAUGGAUACCAUUACCUCUACGAAACGGAAAAUGGUAUCGCGGCUGAAGAGGCAGGGAACGUCGCGCCAGCUGUUAAUGGUGGCGGCACUAGAGCUAAGGGAUUCUAUGAAUACAUUGGGGAUGAUGGCGUCAAGUACCGCGUGGAUUACACGGCUGAUGAAAAUGGCUUCCGACCGACUGGUGCUCAUUUACCUAAGGCUUGAAUUUUCUUUUUAAAUGUUCCC